GUCAGCUACACUAUUCCGGAGGAAAUGGCCAAAGGAUCCUUAGUGGGAAAUAUAGCACAUGAUUUAGGUUUACAGACUAAACGUCUGGCAUCUGGUAAAGCUCGAAUUUAUACCCGAGACAGCGACGAGUACAUCGAGCUGAACAGAGAAAGAGGAGUCCUCCUUNAGGUCAGUUACACAAUACCGGAGGAAAUGUCGAAAGGCUCUUUGGUCGGUAAUAUAGCACAAGAUUUAGGUUUAGAAACCAAACGACUAACUGCUGGUAAAGCUCGAAUUUUUACCGGAGACAGCGACGAGUACAUCGAGCUGAACAGAGGAAGAGGAGUCCUCCUUGUUAAAGAGAGGAUCGACAGAGAGGCGCUCUGCAGACAGACGACGCCUUGUGCCUUACAUUUUCAGAUUAUUUUGGAGAAUCCUAUGGAGUUUUACAGUGUGACAGUCCAGAUUACAGAUAUUAAUGAUAACGCACCAACCUUUGAAAAAAACGAAAUGAAAUUCAAAAUCAGUGAGUCAGCAGUGAUCGGGGCAAAAUUUGUACUUGAAAGAGCUAAUGAUCUUGAUGUUGGAAAUAAUGAUCUUCAAAGUUACGAAUUAAAACCAACAGAUAAUUUUGCUCUGAAACUCCACAGUAACGCUAAUGGCCAUACAAAUGUUGAGAUGGUGUUACAGAAGCCUUUAGACAGAGAGAAACAGGAGCAGAUCUCUCUCGUGUUGACGGCUGUAGAUGGAGGAGAGCCGCAGAUGUCAGGAACAAUGCUGAUUGUUAUUACAGUUUUAGACGCUAAUGAUAAUGCCCCCGUUUUUACACAGCCAACAUACAAAGCUACAGUUACUGAGAACUCACCUAAAGGAACAGUUGUUGCCACUGUUACAGCCUCAGAUGCGGAUCAGGGUUCAAACGGUAAAAUAACUUAUUCAAUCACAAAUACAUUCGAUGAUGUAAAGAGAGUGUUCAAGAUAAACGAGGACAAUGGCGAAGUUACAUUGAUUGGAACUAUUGAUUUUGAGGAUUCACGAAAUUUUCAAAUAAAUGUUCUUGCUAGUGACGACGGAGGACUCACAGAUUCUUGUAAAUUAAUUGUCGAUGUUCUAGAUGUAAAUGACAACAAACCUGAAAUAAAGAUAAUGUCGAAGUCAACUGUGAUAUCAGAAGAUGCCAAAGUCAAUACAGUG